CUGGCUCAUUGACAUCAUUACCACGCCAAGAUCGUCUCAUGUCGCUUUAUUCACCUAGUCUCAAGAAAACCCAACGCUCACGCUCACCCAGAAGAAAGAGUACACCAUCGCGGCUGUACUUGCGCCAAGCUUUCCCAACGUUGGGUUCUGCAGCUGCUUCUGAUCUAGAAUCAUCAACUGUCUCCCAAAUUAGCCCUGAUGUGUUGUUCAGGCGUCGACAGCAAUUACUUCACGAUGCGCAAAAUGAAGUGCAAGAGACUGAUGGAAUCGAUAGGCAAAAAGGAUAUGCUUUGGGUAAACAACAGCAACAACAGAAAGUAACCAACAGCAUACAUGUACGCACACCUUUGUCUUCCAUACCCUCUAACACCGAUACGCAUGAUGCGAAGGAUGCGAAGGAUGCGAAGGAUGUACAGGAAACGCUCGCGAGAUUCCUCAACCAAAAGUCUUUAUCUUCGUCUUUAACCUCGAGUGCGUCAGGCCUUCGGCCAAUACCCUCAGAUAAUGUAUCUCAAUCAUACACACCAUCUGUACCGCGUCUACGAACAACAGAGACAGAGUAUGAUCAGUCGCCUACUCGAUUUACGCGUCUUAGCACACCCCCAAGGGGUGUGCCAAGUACUUCACCAGCUAAAUCUUUGCAGGAACAAGGCAUAUUCACGAGACAAGGAUUUGCAUCAGCGUUAGCGGAACAAUGGCAACAGCGAAGGCAUGAAGAUAUAGAACAAUUGGGAAAUUUAAAUCGUCCAUUAUCGCCAUUCAUAUCAUCAUCGCCAUUGAAUCAACAUCUACGAAGCCGGCAGAAGUAUCUUGAACAGGAUCAAAGAUUCUCCAUGAACAAGUAUGACGAUGACACGAUGCUGAGGGCACAGAAACGAUAUGAAUCGGAGCUGAGAUCUACACAUGAUAAUGGCAAAGUUUGUCUGGAAGGCAAGAGGCCCUCAAACGCCGGUGCUGAAUACAUUGAUACACAGGCUGAGGAAUCUGCACAGGAAGAUCAAGAAUAUGCCUAUGGCGAUGAAGAGGUAUCAUUCAGACGGCCAAAAUUAAUAUCAACAUCCUCAGAUCAAAGCACGCUUGUAGAUCGGCUUCAUAGCUCUGAAGAUAAGCCCGUAUCUUUGUCUUCUGUGCAAACGCCCCCAGCUGCAUCAAAAUUUGUAGCGCGGUCAGGAUCUUGGGCAAAAUUGGAAGCCGAGAGUUCAUUGUUGGAGGUAGCCGAGCGUACUGCAGCGAUUACUGAGGAACUGCGUGGGGUGUAUAAUAAUCUACAGGAGCUUUUUUCGCCUGAAACAGAGGCCAAAUUGAAUAGAGGAAAGUCAGUUUUGAGCGCACAAAAGGACAUCGGUUAUGACCAUAUCAAUAACGAUUUCCAGUCCUCAGUACCAAAGCCGCCAGUGUUCAAAAAGUCCCCAGCCAGUGUGAAGGUGGCAUCACCUAUCAAAAAAUCGAAACCAGCCCCAUUGAGACCAGCUCUCAAGCCGAAACAACAUCAACCUUCCCCAUCAGAAUCCCCAAACCAGCAGAAAUGGAGACAAGGUCAACAUCAGCAGAAUUCUCAGGAGUCAUCAUCAUCAAAGCCAAACAAGGCUGAUGAUGCAUAUCGGCAUAAUAUUAUUUUAAGAUGGUUAAUAUCUGACGCAGAAUCUGCACGUCGGAUACGCCAAAUGAAUGGUAGCAUCGAUCUUAAUUCAAUUACACCAGACGUUGCCGAGAUUUCCACACCAUCCUCUAAUGAUAUUAAGGAGACGGAUACUGAUACUAAUGACAAACAUCAGGAGCAGUUCCAUCGAAAACUAAAUCGUUGGAAACGCGUGGAGAAGCAAAGUCAAGAUUUGGCUUCCUCACUGCCUGAUUUAUACUCAGACCUACAUAUUCCUACAGUGUCCUCUAGACAGGAAACACCUUUUAACAAUGACUUAUCAUGGGUAAAUGAUUAUAACCAGGAAAGUGAUGUUGGCCAUUAUGAUGACCAAGGCUACUCAGAAGUACUCACGGAGGUUGAAGUACAAAAGAGACAACACCAUGAUAAAGAUCGAUACCCGAAUUCAAAUCCGACAGAGCUCCAGGAUAAACUUUCGCAGGAAAUACUGGCUGAAAUGGCUCGCGAAGAGGAGUUACGUGCAAUGAGGGGUAAACGACCUCAGCAUGAGAUGACUCAACUAAAUGGACAUGUAGAUCCUGAGGACCUUGCUGUGGAUGGCCAGAGACUUUCCAAAAAGCGAAAAGAAGCAGUAUUUUGGAUGUCGUGAGCUGUGCAGUUCUAACACUGCCUGAUAUUAGAUAUACAGAAAAUAGAUGUUAUUUAUAAAUACAAAGCGAC